AUGAGCAACUCUUCAAAACGUAAGAGACCGUCAAAUCACAGAUCGAUCGUAUGGAAGUUUUAUGUUUAUCCAACGGACGGAUCGAGCUAUGUACCCUGCCCAAAGUACCCAGACACAAUUCUGACAUUCAAUGGAUCAACAACUACAAACAUAUUGUAUCAUUUACAAUCUCAACACGAAGAUUCGUACGCGCGUCUAAGAGGAGAAUCGAUCGCGGAGAGCGCCGGAUCUUCAGGAAAUACCUAA